UAAUUCGCCGCCGCAGCCAUAAAAAGUCCGUCAGCAGUCGGCUGAUUGGCACGGAACAGUGUAGUCUUUCAUUAGGAUUUGACAGUGCAGAAGCAGUCCUGUCUUCCGCAACGCACGCGCCCGGAAAGUCGUUUUGGUUUUGAUUUCUUCAUUAUAAAGCGUCUAGCACCUGACAGCGGCACCCCGGUUGGUAUCAUGGUGAAACUGUUUGUCGUGAUUGCCCUGGUUGGUAUGGUUCUGGCCGCUCCCCCACAGCGGGACGAUGCCCAGAUCAUCAUCCAGUGUUUUAACGAUCUUAUCGAUUCCAUCGAGAUGGAAAACGUCGAGGAACUGGUUGACAUUAUUCGCGACGCUAGGGAGACCGUUGCGCGUUUGAUCGAAGGCUAUCGCUACUGUCAAAAUCUUCCGCGGGACGAUCCACCGACGAGGCUACAGGAAAUCGCCAUCGCAGCCUGUGAACGAGCUUGGCAGCUACGAGCGUCUUACGAAAUGGCCCGACUAGCGCUUGCGCUCACGAAACAUGUUGAAAACGGUCGGGAGCUGAUCGAGCAGUUCUCGGAAUGCUCUGGAAUUAGCAUCCCAUGGCCGGAAGAGGGAACAACUCCAGACAACGUGGUGGAGCAGCUGCUGAUAUGAGCGUAUUGAGCAAUUCCAAAUGAAAUCGACAAAUGACAAAACAUGAAUAUUUUUGAUUCGAAUGAAAAUUUAUGCUCCGUUUGGGUUGGAGAAAAUAUGAGUUUUCCUCAUCAUUGGGGAUUUUUUUUGACUCAAAUGCAACUUUUGAACAGGGUGUAUCGAUUUCAGUAAGAGAAAUGUUUGAUAAUUUAUAUUCCAAAAACCAUGAGUCCUACCGAAACAGUGUCUUAGAAAGAGGUAUAGAGUAUUGAUGUCCAAGCGUGAAAAAUAUAUACACUGAGAAAAUAAUUAGUGUUCUUUUUUUAUUUGCAAAACAAAAAAAAAUAAUUUGCAAUAUCUAAAAUACAUAUUUUUAAUUUUUUUUCUCAAUCUUGUGAUAUGAAAUAGAAGUCAUGUGGAAAAUUUAAAUUUCUCAAAUGCUAUGGAAAACUCAUUAUUCCUCCAACCCAAACGUAAUAAAUCAAAAAUAAAAGUUUUCAAAAUCGGCAUUUUUAG